AAACAAACCCGGAGCAGGAGCGGCGGCGGGUUGGACAGCACUGAAACAACCCGGCCUGAGUCAAUACAGCGAGUUUAGGCGGUUCUGAUCCGGAUUAUGGCGCUUUUUGUGUCGGUGUAAUUAUAGGCCGAGCUGUAGUUUAGCGUUGUUUAUUUAUUGCGUUCUGAAGUUUAAAUGACUCUUAUUUUUUGUCUGAUCAGCAGCUGAAUAACUUUAACUACACUCUGCUGCUGCUGCGUGUCUCACACGCCUGAGUUUACUAUUAACACGCUGCAGAAAUGUCCUCACACGAAGUUAGUGAAGCUGGAUCCGUCCAGAACCAGGAGAACCGUCUCUCUCUGCGCGGAGCGGCAGCAGUAAAGAGUAGGCUGGAGAACCAGGAGAACGUGAACCCGAAACCGUCCAACAGAACCGUGUUGGGAGUGCUGGAGAACAACCCGAGGAGACAGCCCGCCCUGCGAGGCUCCAAACAGGUUAAUGUACAGCCCUGCAGAUCAGAUGACCAUGGCAAAAGUUGUGCAGAAAAGCCCUCUUCCAAGCAGCCUGCUUUUCAGAUUCAUGUUGAUGAACCUGAUGGUGCCUGCUCAAAGAAACAUGUUUCUUCCAAAAAAGCCACCAUGGAUUGUUCCCCGUUAACACUAAACCCCACAGUAACCCGGUUAAGGCAGCCCCUUGCUACUAUCGACCUGCCUAUGGAUCUCAGUUUUGAUUCUCCCAUGGAUAUGUCAAUAAUUGAAGGUGAGGAGAGGCUGGUAAAUGUAAAUGAAGUUACAGACUACGCUGCUGAAAUUCACACACAUCUAAGGGAUAUGGAGCUCAAAUGCAGGCCCAAAGCAGGUUAUAUGAAGAAACAGCCAGACAUCACAAACAGUAUGCGUGCCAUCCUGGUGGACUGGCUAGUGGAGGUUGGUGAGGAGUACAAGCUUCAAAAUGAGACUCUAUACCUGGCAGUGAACUACAUCGACCGCUUCCUGUCCUCAAUGUCUGUGCUGAGGGGAAAACUGCAGCUCGUUGGCACAGCGGCUAUGCUGUUGGCUUCAAAAUUCGAGGAGAUCUACCCCCCAGAGGUGGCAGAGUUUGUUUACAUCACUGAUGACACCUACACGAAGAAACAAGUGUUAAGGAUGGAGCAUCUGGUGCUAAAAGUCCUUUCUUUUGAUCUGGCAGCUCCAACGAUCAUCCAGUUUCUCACCCAGUACUACUUGCGGCAACGUGUGGACAACAAGGUUGAGAGCUUGUCAAUGUUUCUUGGAGAGCUAAGUUUGGUUGAUUCUGACCCCUUCUUGAAGUACCUACCUUCUCAAACAGCUGCUGCAGCCUUUAUAUUGGCAAACUACACCAUCACAGGGGGAUCAUGGUCAAAGGCUCUUGCUGAGAUGACCAGCUACACAUUGGAAGAUCUUAUGCCAUGUAUUCAAGAUCUGCACCAGACCUACCUCAGUGCUGCCCAGCAUGCACAGCAGUCGGUCAGGGAGAAAUACAAGGGCUCAAAGUACCAUGAGGUUUCUCUUAUUGAACCCCCAGAGAAGUUGCUGUUGAACUGAACCUGCUCAUCUUGUACUUUAUGCUCCUGAAUUUCAGACUCUAACAAGAAUUUGUGUACAUUUUUUGAAAUGUUGCAAGUUCCCUUAACUCCAAUAAUGGACACCAAAACCUUUUGUAUAGGUUGUGGUGAGAUUAGUGUUUCUUGUAUAUUUUUAUGUGCAGUCCUGUAGGAUUGCUAUUUUUAUGCUUGAUGUAUCCAGAUAUUUUGUACAGGUGGUAAUCAAGCACUGUUUUGAUCUUUCUUUUGUUUUCAUAUUUGAUAUUUUUUAAUGAAACCGACCAGUGGUGCUUAUUACUGAUUUUGUAAAGGUUUUAUAAAAUUGACAUCUAAUAAAACCUUGCCACUGGUUUUCUACAA